AUGGAGAACAACCAGUCGUGUGAUCACUGCUCUGAGCAGCAGCUCCUCGCUCCUACGGAAAACGUGUCCACCUUGCCUGAGCAGAACGGCCUUGAGGAGCCAGACAGGGAGAAACUCGCCUCCAGCUGCCAGCCACCCGCUCCAUCCCCUGAGGGCCAGCCCAGCAGCCAGCCAGGAACAACAGUUUGUGACAUCUCGGAGGAGCUGAGCCGGCAGCUGGAGGACAUUAUUAAAACGUACGGCUCGGCUGCCAGUCUGAUGGAGAAGGAAGGCACUGCUAAAGGAACUGGGAAGCCUGAAAAAGGAGAAUCAGCCGGUAACGAGGAUGCAGAAUACGAAGACACAAAUGAGGAGAGUGAGAAAGAGAAGAUAGCUCCUGGAGAUGCUUCAAGAGCAAAAGAGCCUAGUGGCAGCAAGGAGCAAAAGCUGGAGAAAAAAAUCCUGAAAGGACUGGGGAAGGAAGCCACCCUCCUGAUGCAAAGUUUGAACAAGCUGAAUACACCAGAAGAGAAGCUGGACCUGUUGUUUAAGAAGUAUGCUGAGUUGCUCGAAGAGCAUCGUGCUGAGCAGAAGCAGCUCAAGUACCUGCAGAAGAGACAGGCACAGGUCAUCAAAGAGAAGGACCAGCUGCAAAGCGAACACAGCCGAGCGAUCCUUGCCCGCAGCAAGCUGGAGAGCCUGUGCCGGGAGCUCCAAAGGCACAACAAAAACCUCAAGGAAGAAACGAUUCAGCGAGCACGGGAGGAAGAUGAGAAGAGGAAAGAAAUAACUAAUCAUUUCCAGGGCACGCUUAGUGAAAUCCAGGCUCAGAUCGAACAGCAAAGUGAAAGGAACAUGAAGCUGUGCCAAGAAAAUACAGAGCUGGCGGAGAAGCUCAAGAGCAUCAUCGAUCAAUACGAGCUCCGGGAAGAGCACCUUGAUAAAAUAUUUAAGCACAGAGAACUUCAACAGAAACUGGUGGAUGCCAAGUUGGAGCAGUCUCAGGAAAUGAUGAAGGAAGCAGAGGAGCGACACCAGAAAGAGAAGGAAUAUCUCCUGAACCAAGCUGCAGAGUGGAAGCUCCAGGCCAAAAUGUUAAAGGAACAAGAGACUAUCCUACAGGCACAGAUCACUCUCUAUUCUGAAAGGUUUGAAGAAUUUCAGAAAACAUUGACCAAAAGCAAUGAAGUGUUUGCCAGUUUCAAACAGGAGAUGGAAAAAAUGACAAAGAAAAUGAAGAAGCUGGAGAAAGACACUGCUACCUGGAAAUCCAGGUUCGAGAACUGUAACAGAGCAUUACUAGACAUGAUUGAAGAGAAAGCCAUGAGGUCCAAGGAAUAUGAGUGCUUUGUGUUGAAAAUCCAGAGGCUAGAGAAUCUUUGCAGGGCUCUGCAGGAAGAGAGGAAUGAGCUGUACAAAAAAAUAAAACAAGCCCAGCUCCCUGAAGAGACAAAUGAAAACGACAUCUCUGAAGACGAUGCUGAUAUGAGCCCCUCCUCCUCUGAGACGGCUUGUACUGAGCUGCCCACUGCUGACCAGAACAUGCUGAAGGAUCUGGCCAGAGCUUUCAUGGUGUCCCACACUGCAGAGAAGUCCCUCCCGAGUGAGACCAGCGCUGCGGAGACCUGCGACACUCAAACUUGCAAUGCUCCUUCUCCCAUGGCAUCAGAGGUCACCUCUCAUCUCACCCCAUGCCCAGAGGCCAGCAGCUGCUCUGAGCAGCCCAGCACAAGCGCAUCGGCACCCACUAAACAUGUGCCCCCACCAGUGCCCCUGGAGAACGCACCAGCACCCCCCGAAAACAUGGCAACACCCACCGAGGACAUGCCAAAGCCCACCGAAAGUGUGCCUACACCCCCAGGAAGAGCACUAACACCCACAGAAAAUGCGCCUCUACCUGCCAAGAGCGUGCCAGGAUCCAUGGAGAAUAUGCCAGAGCUCACUGAAGACACGUCAGCAAUGUCAGCACCCACUCAAAACAGGCCCGCUCCAUUUGAGAAUAUGGCCAUAUCCACACAAGGUGUGCUGAAAGCUGCAGGAUGUGCAGAAGACCCGGUGGACCCACCUGUUCAAGCUCAGUCCACAGAGCAAGCAGCCUAUACAGACAUGGAAGCAGUAGACUGA